AUAGCCAAUACCAUUCUUCGUUUAAUUCGUGGCUACCAAAUCUCAAAUUUGAAGCAAAUCCCUUCUCAUUAAAAAUCUAAAGAGCUUAGCUAUGUCUAGCAUGAAAGUGAUACCUUCUGAGAAAGAAGAGGAUGCAUGCUAUGAUAGAGCCAAGGAAGUGAAGGAAUUUGAUGAAACCAAAGCUGGAGUGAAAGGACUCAUAGAUUCUGGUAUUCUCAAGCUCCCUAGGUUCCUUAUCCAUCCACAAGAGGCUCUUCCAAGGACAUCAGCAUCAAUAAGCACAACUUUGAGCCUCUUCCAAGUUCCUGUGAUAGAUUUCACAGGACAUAAUGAAAGGUGCCGUUGGUCAAAGAUAGUGAGUGAGAUUCGUGAAGCAUCUGAAAAGUGGGGCUUCUUUCAAAUGGUGAAUCAUGGAGUUCCAGUUUGUGUUAUGGAUGACAUGUUAAGGGUCACUAGAGAAUUCCAUGAGCAACCAAAGGAGUUAAAGAAAGAGUGGUAUUCCCGUGAUCAUAACGUUACAGUGAGGUAUUUUUGCAAUGGUGAUCUCCUUGUAUCUAAAGCAGCAAAUUGGAGGGAUACCUUAAUGUUUGACUUCCAACAUGGUCCUUUGAAUUCUGAGACCUUUCCCCUGGUAUGCAGGGAUGUGGUGGGCAAAUACAUGGAGCAUAUUCACAAACUGAGGGAGAUAUUGUCACAAUUAUUGUCAGAGGCAUUGGGACUGAAGAGGGACUAUCUUACAAACAUAGAAUGCAUGAAAAGUGAAACGGUGGGGUGCCACUAUUACCCAUCUUGUCCGGAGCCAAACUUGACACUUGGCGCCACCAAGCAUUCAGACCCAUCAUCCUUAACAAUUCUCUUGCAAGAUACCAUUGGUGGCCUCCAAGUUCUCCAUCAAAAUCAGUGGGUUGACAUAAACCCCAUCCAUGGAGCAUUAGUGGUCAACAUUGGUGAUUUUAUGCAGCUUAUUACCAAUGACAAGUUUAAAAGUGUGGAGCAUCGUGUGCUGGUUGGACGAGUUGGGCCUCGGGCCUCAGUUGCAUGCCAUAUAUAUCCUAGGAUGAGCCAUAAAUAUGGGCCAAUGGAGGAGUUUACAUCCAAUGAAAACCCACCCAAAUAUAGAGAGACCCAUAUUGGGGAAUAUCUUGCUCAUUUUAGGUCCAAAGGACUAGAUGGCUACAAAGCCCUCCCUCAAUUUAGGUUAUAACAUGCUGGGUAAGUUUGACAAUAAAAUAAAAUUAAAUAAAGAAUGCUAGUUACAGUGUAUGUAAUAUGGUGUCAACAAAACUUAUAGUUAGAACCUCAUUGAGCAUUAUAUGGUGUAUGGUAACUUUAUGCUUAUGUUGGUAGGUUUAAAUAAAAAUCGAGCUUCAUGCCUUUUCUACAAAGCCUUGCUCGUGCUAGCUACUAAUUAAUAUACGGUAACUUCUUGUCGUUGAUUGCAAUUGUAGAGUCAGAGUAGUCACUAAUGGUUUGUGCAUUAUGCAAUAUGUUUGGAACAUAAUGAGUGGUAAUACAAUGUGUUCAACGCCUUGUGUUAUUUCCAAUGUCAAAACAUUCCAACCUAAACACAAGAAAAACCAAACGUUGAAGCCUUGCAUACUACAGUGUAUAUUUGAUUUGACUUGUUUCAGAGAAAUAUUUUUUGUCAGUUUCCUUAAAGAACUUGAAAAAAUGAAAAUUUAAUUUUUCUAAAAUUAUCAAAACUAAACAUGCGAUGAAACCUCUGGUAUAGGCCUGAACAAAUGGUAAGGGUGAUUUCUUUUACUUCCAAGUUCCUAUAAUUUUCCUUGCCUCAUUAUUUUCUUUGUUUUGAGGCAAAGGAGAAGAGGGGAGAAAACUUCAACAUUUUGAAAUUGGAACAUUUCAAAGAACAAGUUACAGUUGUCAAUUAAGUAGCUUUAGAAGUUUCCAAGAAUCAAACAAUUAUUAUGAAAACGUUGUGCUCUUGGAUUGCAGUAAUUGAACAAGCGGCCACAAGAUAUCCAAUCUGUGUAAAUUUUUAUUGUUUUGGACCUGUGACAGACAAUUCAUUGAUCAGUAUUAAUCGCUUGAUAGUUGAGUUUAAAGACAAUAUUGUAGUUACAAACUGUUACACCCUUCUAUUCCAUCAAUGUUCACAUAUAAUAUCCCUUCGAAUUUACAUGACUAUCAGAGCGUGUUUGGGAUUUAAGUUAUAAAGAAAUUGAGAAAGGAGAGCAACUUUUUGGUUUUUAAUAAACAUGAUCUAAUUUUAUAUUUUUAAAAAUUAUUAAACCAUGAAUUAUCAUGAUACACAAUAGUUUUUAUAACAUUUUAAUUCAUUGUAAAACAUGUUUCCAGUAAUUCUGUUAUUUUUUAUCCUAGUAUGUAAAAACAAUGGAAUUUGUUUAACUGAAUAAGAAAUAAAUCUUACUUCGGAUCCUACCUCAACCACAAAACAUAUACACGUCUUCUCACUAUGAGCUUCUGUUGCACCAUUCAAAAUUGUCAGCUCUAAGCUCCUGAUGGCUUCUGCUAUCUCAAGAAAAUGGCAACACUCCUCACAUAACAUCUGCAGCAUGAAUCAUAAUUAGCAUAGAAGGAGCACACUUAGGGGCCGAUGUUAUGUAUGGGGUACUUCUAAGAAGGGUUUCCAACCUCCUUCAUUUUUUAUCAUGAGGGGGUUUUCUCCUACUUGGGUAUUCUAGAAGAAUAUAUCAAGCUUGUAAUUUUCAACUCCUACAUACCUCAACAAGCAUCUGACCACUUUUACUAAGAUUCUCCACUGAUAUUGAAUGAACUUUAAGAUGGCCUCCUACCUCCAUUGCCCAACUUGAACCAUGCUGAUAACUAGAUGAUCCAUGGAUGUCUUUUUCCAUGUGAUGAAACUGCAUUUGCAAUAACAUUAAACAAUGGAGAUAAUAUAAUAUUAAUAAAAACUAUGUAUUCAAAAAUUGUUCAAAUGGAGCAAAUCAAUAGAGUUUUCAAAAUCAAUACUGAAAAACUCGCUCUCUUUAAUAUAAUGAAACAAAUACAUAAAAUCUUAAGGUUUUCAAGUGUCCUGAAGUGUCAUUGUUCUCAGUAAAAUACAUUUUCUUUUGUGGCAAAAUAAAUGUAACUUAAAAAAAUCAAUGCAUAAAUCAAUAAAAAAGGUAAAAUUCAACAUUAAUGAAUAUAUUUUAAAAUAUUCAAAUUAAUUUUAAAUUAUAAAACCAAGUUUUUAGUACAUAAACCCAAUUAGUUGUUCCUUAACAAAAUCUAAAAUCUUUUUAUGGAAAACACAUUUUUUAUGUCUAAUCUGGAGAAAGAAACCAGUGUAUUUGUAGUAAUCAAAUAUCAAUACCCAUUACCUAAUUGAUCAAAAAUAGAAUCAGUUAACUUCUUUAUAACCCACGAACCAGAGGCAGUCUUCUCAAAUACCAUUAAACCUCACCUUCGUCUUUGUAUCUGCAAAUUUAUUUAGCUUGUCAGCAUGUUUAGUAAUGUUCUGGAGAAAGAGCAUGUGUUUUAUGGUGCACUCCAGUAGUGAAUCAAUACUGCACUGUUGACAUUAGCAUACAAAUUUUAGUCACAUGAGUAGGAACUACAACUGUCGCAAAAUCAAAACUGAGACAGGAUUAACAAAUAUGUGACAGCAAGAUACCUUUGCUCCAU